GUUAUCUCACUCCAUACGGAGUGUCAAGCUUUGAACUUAGUGCAAACUUCUUGAGCUCACACACCAUUCUAGAUAGACAACCUCCAUGGCUGCUGCUGCUGCUACUCAAACUCGUGUCAUGGUGCUACCCUUCCCCGCGCAGGGCCAUGUCAUCCCGCUCAUGGAGCUGUCUCGCAAGCUCGCCGAGCACGGCGUCGAGGUGGACUUCGUGAACACCGAGUUCAACCACGACCUCGUCAUGGAAGCAAUGGCAGAGAAGGGAGCAAUUCCUGACGGGAUCCACAUGCUCACCGUUCCAGACGGCCUGGGCCCUGGAGACGACCACGCGGACAUCGGCAAGUUUGUCAAGGACCUGCCGGCCGCCAUGUCCGGCCGCCUCGAGGAGAUGAUCAGAUCGAGGAAGAUCAGGUGGGUGAUCGUAGAUGUGUCCAUGAGCUGGGCACUGCAGGUGGCCACCGCGGCGGGUGCCCGUGUUGCCUCGUUCUCGACCUACUCUGCAGCCGUGUUUGCUCUGAGGAUGAACCUCCCCAAACUGAUAGAGGAUGGUGUUCUUGAUGAAAGUGGGAAUGUACAGGGGGAGGGGAAGAUCCAAAUGGUGCCGCCCAUCAACGCGUCGGAGAUCCCCUGGGUCAGCCUGGCCAGCACCAGCGCUCCCGAGAGGCGCAGAAACAACAUCCAGAACGUCCUCCAGACCAACCUGUCGCUGCCACUCGCCGAGGUGGUCAUCUGCAACACCUCCAUGGAGUUGGAGCCCGACGCUCUGGCCCUGCUCCCCAACGCGCUGCCUCUCGGCCCGCUGGUGGCGCCCACGUCGAGGCCGGCCGGGCACUUCUUGCCCGAGGACCUCGCCUGCCUCGCCUGGCUCGACGCGCAGCCCCCCGGCUCGGUCGUCUACGUGGCCUUCGGCAGCUCCGGCUUCCUGGACGCGACGCAGUUCCAAGAGCUCGCCGACGGGCUCGCGCUCUCCGGCCGGCCGUUCCUGUGGGUGGUCCGGCCAGACUUCACCAUCGGAGCAGGGCAGGAUCAGUUCGACCUCGACGCGUUCAGGCGGCGCGUGGAGGGGCAGGGGCUGGUGGUGGGCUGGGCGCCGCAGCAGCGCGUGCUCUCGCACCGCUCCGUGGCCUGCUUCGUGUCGCACUGCGGGUGGAACUCGACCGUGGAGGGCGUGCUGCACGGCGUGCCGUUCCUGUGCUGGCCCUACUUCGCGGACCAGUUCUGCAAUCAGAGCUACGUGUGCAACGUGUGGGGCACCGGCGCCAGGCUCCGGCGAGACGGGCGAGGGGUCGUCGCGAAGGAGGAGAUCGGGAGCAAGGUCGCGCGGCUUCUAGGAGACGGGGAGGUCAAGGCGAGGGCAGCGGCGUGGAAGGAGGUCGCGUGCGGCAGCAUCCGGGAGGGAGGGUCCUCGCAUGGGAACUUGCUCAAGCUUGUCAGCUUGCUGAGACAACAAUGAUCUCGACCGCGGCAGGCGGCAGGGCACGCACGACGUCGGCCGGCCAGUCCGAUAAAUAAAAGCAUCCGUUGACACUCGCAUGCAAAAGAAUCUCACCAGCGGGAGUUACGGGAUUACAGUGCUCCGAUCCCCUCGUAGGUUCACAUAGACAUGGCGCCAUACUCGCUCGGAAGCUGCCCGUGCACCGCGCCAGCGCUGCCAGUGCACCGAGAAAACGAGGACACGCACGCUUCUUCAGCAAGUCUCCAGUGGAGUAGGAUUUUUUUUUUCCAGUGGAGUUGGAUUGAAAGGCCGAAAUCCGUUUCUUCUCUGUCUCAGGCUCGUGCCAGUUCAUAUGUGGAACUAUUUCAGCCCAGCCCUGGAAGAAAAUUCGGCCCAAAUGCAUGCUUUUUGAAACAUUUUAGAGUUUUCUCCCCAAAAAACAAGAUUUUUUUCCUGUUUGGCGCUUGAGGCGCCAGUUA